AUGACCAGAAGAAUAUUAAAUGUUAAUACAUUUAAAUUAGACAUUGUUGUGCUUGGUGAUGGGUGCUGUCAGCCUGUAUCUUACUGGUCUGUGCUUCCUUUAUUCCAGAUAAUUGAUAAGAGCAAACGAGACCCCUCUGAAGAAAUUGAGAUUCUCUUGAGAUAUGGGCAGCAUCCAAACAUCAUUACUCUGAAAGAUGUGUAUGAUGAUGGGAAGUAUGUGUACCUGGUGAUGGAGCUAAUGCGAGGAGGAGAGCUCUUAGACCGAAUCCUUCGACAGAAGUGUUUCUCAGAACGAGAGGCUAGUGCUGUCCUUUGCACCAUUACUAAGACGGUGGACUAUCUGCAUUCCCAAGGGGUUGUGCAUCGAGAUCUGAAGCCCAGUAACAUUCUCUACAUGGAUGAGUCAGGAAACCCAGAUUCCAUUAGGAUCUGUGACUUCGGAUUUGCCAAACAGCUGAGAGCAGAGAAUGGACUACUCAUGACACCUUGCUACACAGCCAACUUCGUAGCCCCUGAGGUCCUGAAACGACAAGGUUAUGACGCAGCCUGUGACAUCUGGAGCUUAGGGAUCCUGUUGUACACCAUGUUGGCAGGAUUCACCCCUUUUGCAAAUGGACCAGAUGACACCCCAGAAGAGAUACUGGCCAGGAUUGGCAGCGGAAAAUAUGCACUUGCAGGAGGAAACUGGGAUUCAGUGUCCGAUGCUGCCAAGGAUAUUGUGUCCAAGAUGCUUCAUGUAGAUCCUCAUCAGCGCCUAACAGCAGUCCAGGUGCUAAGACACCCAUGGAUAGUGAACAGGGAAUAUCUAUCUCAAAAUCAACUCAGCAGACAGGAUGUUCACCUGGUGAAGGGUGCAAUGGCAGCCACAUACUUUGCUUUAAACAGAACACCUCAGGCACCAAGGCUGGAGCCUGUAUUAUCCUCCAAUCUGGCUCAGAGGAGGGGCAUGAAAAGACUUACCUCAACAAGGUUAUAGCAGACCCCAAAAAUGCCUCACUGAAACCCACAGUUUAUUAUUCAAGAGGUUCAUCUUUAUUACUCAGAUAACAGAACUUUGGACAACAUGCACAUGAAGUCACCAGAAUCAGCAGAAGUCCAGCAUAAGGCAAAGUUACCCUUUGCUGUUUUAUUUUUUACAUUUGGGCCAGGAUCCUGAAUCAGAAACUUCUCCAAGACGUGCCAAUUGCCCUAGUUCCUUAUUGACUUAAAGCCAAAUAAAAUAAGAUUCCCUCCCAACCCCAAGUACUAUUCUUGAAUCCUUAAGAUGUUCUGAGAUCACUUUUUUAAAAGCACUUUUCACAGUGAAAGCAAGCAGUUUGGUUUAAAAGUUUUCAACUGUGCCAGCAUCUGCAUCACGGUGAAUUGGCUCAACCAGUCAGCAGUAUACAUCUACUGAUCAUCAGCUGCACUGAAGCCCAUCUCAAAGGACUUGAAGGUUGGGGAGACAUGGUGCCAAAUACCAGAUUUAGAAAAAAAUCUGUACUAAGUGAAGGAGAAAGAGCUGUCACUGAUGAACACAUCUCCUGAUUCUGAGAAAUCUUGUGAACUCUCCCACUCUCAUCUGAUGUUGAAUAAGGUAUGGAACAGUGACAGCCCCUCUAAGAGCAGAUGUCACGAGCCUUAAUAUAUUGAGGUUUGGUAGAGAACUCUGGGAACUGCAGUCUCCAAAAGGGAUUGUUAGGUCUCAUGUGAAUGAAGUCAGAUGUCUGGCCAAGACUAUACGAGUAGGAGCCUGUGGCUGAGAGAGGAGGUAAGCCCUAUGUUUGGCCUCUCCAUAGUAGCAGGCUUGAGCAAACAAGCUGAAGAUGGCUGGUGGAAUAGAGCCAGGAAAAGACCUGGGACAGACCUACAGACAGCACACAGAAAGACCCCCAGCAGGGUUAUUGCCAGAAGGAAGUCGCUUGGACAAGAUAGUGAGGGGGGGGGGGGUGAUAAAGUCAGUUGAAACUCACAGUUAGGGUGGCAGGAUGUCACCCUUUUUAUAACUGUGCCAACCAGACUAGUGGAUUAUUGAGCCCAGGAGAGGCUAAAUGGACUAUCAUUCUUGUUCCCGCAGGCCUUUUCCUGGGUCUAUUCCACCAGACUUCCUCAGUUUGUUUGCACAGGCCUGCUACUCUGGAGAGAUCAACCCUAAAGCAUAUCUCCAUCCACUGCCCUCCUUAUAUAGUCUUGGCUUGUCACCUGACACACACUCCCAUAGACAUGUGACACUCAACAGUUCCUCCCUGGGAAAUGUACUCUCCAGGUUUCCUGCUUUUAAAGGGUCAAACCUUCUAUUAUGCCUGGGCUCACAGCACUCUCCCAUAAAGGAGCCACCUGAGUCUUACAAGGUAUUUAAAUAAUAAUAAAGAAUACUGUGCUAUUGAGACAAAAUCAAUCAUACUCUGCUAUCUGGGUUUUCCAGGUGUAAUGAUGCGGUUCUGGCGGGACCCAACUGAGAGUGCCGAUUCAGGACAAAUUGCUUAAAA